GUCGCCUGUUGGACGUGUGAAGGGAACCUGUCAUUUUAGAACCAGUUAGCCUGCCAUACCACAUCCUCCGCCUCCAGUCGCCGUCGAUCUCAAACGCUGCUUUGCGAGUCUCGGCUCAAACAGAGGAGAAAAAUGGCGCUUACUUCUCAAGGAACAAAGAAAAAAGUUUGCUACUACUACGACGGUGAUGUUGGAAAUUACUAUUACGGACAGGGUCAUCCCAUGAAACCCCAUCGGAUCCGAAUGACCCACAACCUGCUGCUGAACUACGGUCUCUACAGAAAAAUGGAGAUAUACCGUCCUCACAAAGCUAGUGGAGAGGAGAUGACUAAGUACCACAGCGAUGACUACAUUAAGUUCCUGCGCUCCAUCCGACCCGACAACAUGUCAGAAUACAGCAAACAGAUGCAGAGAUUUAAUGUGGGGGAGGACUGCCCGGUGUUUGAUGGUUUGUUUGAGUUCUGUCAGCUCUCCGCAGGAGGCUCUGUCGCUGGAGCUGUGAAGUUGAACAAACAGCAGACGGACAUUGCAAUCAACUGGGCUGGAGGCCUGCAUCAUGCCAAGAAGUCCGAGGCCUCUGGGUUUUGCUACGUUAAUGACAUCGUGCUAGCUAUUCUGGAGUUGUUGAAAUACCACCAGAGAGUUUUGUACAUAGAUAUUGACAUCCAUCAUGGAGACGGAGUGGAGGAAGCUUUCUACACCACAGAUCGCGUCAUGACAGUGUCGUUCCACAAAUAUGGAGAGUACUUCCCAGGCACCGGGGACCUCAGGGAUAUCGGCGCUGGUAAGGGUAAAUAUUAUGCGGUAAAUUAUCCACUGAGGGAUGGGAUUGAUGAUGAGUCCUACGAAGCAAUAUUUAAACCGAUCAUGGCCAAGGUGAUGGAGAUGUACCAGCCGAGUGCAGUGGUCCUCCAGUGUGGAGCCGACUCUCUGUCUGGGGACAGACUGGGUUGUUUUAACCUCACUAUUAAAGGUCACGCUAAGUGUGUGGAGUACAUAAAGAGCUUCAACCUGCCGCUGUUGAUGCUGGGAGGAGGAGGCUACACCAUCCGCAAUGUGGCGCGCUGCUGGACGUACGAGACAGCCGUGGCCCUCGACAGCUCCAUCCCUAAUGAGCUUCCAUAUAACGACUACUUUGAGUACUUUGGACCAGACUUCAAGCUGCACAUCAGCCCCUCCAACAUGACCAAUCAGAACACCAACGACUACCUGGAGAAGAUCAAGCAGCGCCUCUUUGAGAACCUGCGGAUGUUACCUCAUGCCCCUGGAGUUCAGAUGCAGCCCAUCCCCGAGGACGCCGUGCAGGAGGACAGUGGAGACGAGGACGAGGAGGAUCCCAACAAGCGCAUAUCCAUCCGAGCUCAUGACAAGAGGAUAGCAUGCGAAGAGGAGUUCUCCGACUCCGAGGAUGAAGGCGAAGGAGGCCGCAGGAAUGUAGCCAGCUUCAAAAAGGCCAAGAGGGUCAAAACGGAAGGAGAGAAAGAGGGAGAAGAAAAGGAGAAGAAAGGUGAGGAGGAACCAAAAGAAGUGAAAGAAGAGGAGAAAGUUCCGGAAGAGGAGAAGAUGGACACAUCCAAAUGAAAAUAUUCAAAAUAGCCAUGCUGGUGAGGAGGUGGCUAUAACCUGGAGAGCUAAAUAUUUCUAAGGAGUCCUCAGUCUUUCUGCUUAAGAGGAGCACGGCGGCCUCAGCACCCUGCGACGGCGUCCGAUCAGCGCAGAUUUAAAUUCAGCAAUUGUUUCUGGAUAAAUGUCGGAUUGCUGCAAUGGAAAUAAUAGAACUGUUUUUGAGAAUCUUUAUAGCUUUUUCUUUAGAACAUCUUUGCAAUUUUACUGUUUAUCUUUUUAUGCAAGUUUUUUUUCUAUAGUUUGUGAACAACUUUGCUAGCAUACAUUUUCUUUUUUUAUAUAUAUUUGGAGUUAAAUUAUUGGUUAUUUUGGUCACUCGAUUCCCCUUUGGUCCUGUGCCUUUGACAAAUGUAGUUCAUGCUCUGUCAAACCUGUCGCUUUUGCAUGUCAAAGUCAGGGUCAGGAUUGUGUAUUCUGGAAUAGCUUUCAGCGGGCACGUCAAAAGUGUGCCUUUUUAUAUUUUUAGGUCAUUGAUUAGUGCAUAACUUUGUACAUUGAGGAAUCAGCUUUGGUCAACUCCUGCUAUUCCUGCACAGUUAUGAAAGUACUCCAGGGUUGAGAUCCCCUAAAGACAGAAACAUUCUGUGUAUAUAUUUGUAUUUGUGCAAACAUUAAAAGUUGUUCUGCAGAAAAA